GGGGUCCAGAGAUCCUUAGAGCCACUCAUUCGCCUUCGGAGGACAUGGGGAGUGUGGCAGAUCCCAGAGCUGGAAGUCCAGGAUGCAGAAACCCUGUUGAAAUGGUGGCCGGUGGGGAGUUUCCUUGUCACAGGGCAUGGCCCCAACCAGGACCUGGUGCUGAAAACAGGACCUUCACCAGGAGAAGUAAAAACCUACAAGAUCAAUAAAUGUCCUGGAGGUGUGAGUCUGGAAUAUUCAAACCUCUGCAUGCCCGAUCUUCCCUAUCUCCUGGCCUUCCUAUCAGCCAGCAGGGAUGUUUUGCCCAGAACACUGCUCUUACCCCCUCCAACUCUAGAGCCUGGAAACAAACAUGGAGAUUCUCCACAGGUUGACAGGGUCCAGCCCAACACCUCAGGAAAGGCCCUCUCUGUGAUGAACCAGCUCUACCAGGAGACACACAAAGAAGAGAUAGAACAGCCCCUCCCAGAGAUCACAUCACAGACUGCCCAGGAAGGUAGUCCAGCUCCCGGCAACACAGCCCCUCACCGUGUCUCCUGGGUGGAACGCCCACUCAAUCCAGAAGUGCCCUAUGCUGCGCCUGCUCUGCCCAACCUCGAGGAGGAGGAGCAGAAGGAGGAGGUGGAGGAUGCCUAUGAAGAUGAGGAGGAGGGGCCAGAGGACGCUCUCACCCUUCAUGUCCAGGCUCUAUCGAGGGCCUGGAGUAACUACGUGGCCAAGAAGUUCCGAGGCCUCAGGUCACGCCUGUCCUCAGCGGGAGGGGGCUCCCACAGGCCUGAAGACCCAGCCACAGCGCUGCUGCAGGACGUGCGGCACCUCCUUACUGACCUCCAGGACUACCUCGUGAAGGAUCCCAUUGUCCAGGCGGUCUUUAGGAGCAGGGGCCCUGGGGCAGCUCGGAAGGACCAGGAUCUAGGCCCCGCAGUAGAGGCAGCCGUGUGCCGGGCAGUGCUGGCACCCCUGAAACCAGCCCUGUGGACCCGCCUCCGCACACUCCGCUCUCGGGAGCUGAGACUCCUUCGGCGGCGCCAGAUAGCCCUGAGGGCCGAGUCGGGGCCUCCAGGGUCUCAGGGGGCGGGACCUGAGGGGCCAGGCCCGGACCCCGCCCUGCGGAGCCGCAUCCACAGGCGCCUGGCGCUCCUGCACGCUGCCUGCUCGCCUCGCCGCAAAGUGGAGUUGCUGCUGGCGGUGUGCAGCGACAUCUACGCCGGCCUGGCCCGAGGCGAGGACCAAGAGCCCCAGGGAGCUGACGCUUUCCUGCCUGCGCUGACAGAAGAACUGAUCUGGAGCCCAGAUAUUGGGGAGACGCAGCUGGAUGUGGAAUUCCUAAUGGAGGUCCUGGAUCCCGAAGAACUGCGGGGAGAAGCGGGGUACUACUUGACCACGUGGUUUGGAGCGCUGUACCACAUUGCCCACUACCAAGCGGAGGUGGUCCGCACCCCCCAGGGGCUCAGCUCCGAAGCCCGAGCCUCCCUACGCCAGUGGCAUCGCAGACGGACGCUGCAUGGACACAACCGCUCUGGCACCCAGGCUGCCUUGCCCUUUGAAGAGCCAUGGGCAGUAGGAUCAGUGCGAGGGAACCGCUGA